AUGGUCCUUCUUCUGCUGCUGCUGCUGCUGCCUUAUGCAGACUGUGGGAUGCUGAAGGCGAAAUGCCCCUUGACUUUGGAGAGGGAUGAAAUAGAUCCAUUCAACUAUUACAGGCCAGGAGACCACCUCAUUGGCGGGGUCAUCUCGGCCACAAGAGCUUUAUUUCAUCCACACGUCUUCAACGAGCCUCCCUUUACUCGCUUUUCCCAGAAAGCAGCCACAAAGUACUGGCAGGUCCUCUCCUUCCUGUUUGCCAUUCAGGAUAUUAAUGGGAAUCCUGAGCUCUUACCCAACAUCACCCUGGGCUACAGCAUCCACGACAACUUUUUUCAUGGAAGGUUGACGUACAAUGCUUUAUUAGACUUGCUAACUACUGGGAAGGCAAAUGUUCCAAACUACAACCGUGAAGGAUGGAGUAAUCUGUUGGCUGUUCUUGAAGGGGCUGAUUCUCAAAACUCCAUCCAGAUUUCAAGCUUGUUGGGCAUCUAUAAAAUCCCACAGGUCAGUUAUGCUUUUGUCUCUCCUGUUCUGAGUGAUAAGACCCAGUUCCCUUUUUUCUAUCGGGUGGUUCCCAGAGAAGAAUUCCAGUACCCAGGGAUUGUCAAGCUGCUCCUGCACUUCAGGUGGACGUUUGUUGGUCUCAUUGCUCCAGACACUGACAAUGGAGAGAAGUUCCUGAAGACCUUGACGCCUCUGCUCAUCAGGAGUGGCAUCUGUGUUGCCAUCUCAGAAAGCUUCCCACAAUUUAAUAAGAAUCAACUCCACCCUUUUCUGAGGAGCUCCCAGUUCUAUAAUUCUUCCAUAGACAGAGUGUAUUUGGAUGAGAAUGGGGAGCUGGCGGCCGAUGUGGACAUUGUGAACUGGGUGGUGUUUCCCAAUAAGUCUGUCAUCAGGGUGAAGUUUGGGAGUUUAUACAGACAGGGGUUCCCAGACCUAAAAUGCACCAUUGACCAGGAUGCCAUUGUGUGGCCGAAAUGGCUCAACCAGACCCUGCCUCCUUCCAGGUGUGUGGAAAGCUGCCAGCCUGGAUUUGUCAAGGUGGUUCAGGAAGGGAAGCCACUUUGCUGCUACGACUGCGUUCCCUGCGCAGAAGGGACCAUCUCCACUCUGGAAGAUGCAGAACGUUGUACCAGGUGUCCAGAAGAUCAGCAUCCAAACAAGGACCGUGAUCAAUGUGUCCCCAAGAUUAUAACCUUCUUGGCCUAUGAAGAAUAUUUGGGGAUCCUCUUGGCUUCCUUUGCCCUCUUCUUGUCUGUAACCACAGGCUUUGUUAUAGUAAUCUUCAUUAAAUAUCUUGACACUUCGAUAGUCAAAGCCAACAACAGGGACCUCUCCUUCAUCCUCCUCAUCUCCCUCCUGCUCUCCUUUUUGUCCUCCUUCUUCUUCAUCGGCCGGCCAAGGAAAAUGACCUGCCUUCUCAGACAAAUGGCCUUCAGCAUCAUCUUCUCAGUUGCUGUCUCUUCUGUUUUGGCAAAAACAAUCACGGUGGUGCUGGCCUUCCUGGCCACAAAGCCAGGGAACACAAUGAGAAGAUGGCUGGGGAAGAGUCUGGCCAACUCCAUUAUCAUUUCCUGUUCAAGUGUCCAAGUUGUCAUCUGCACAAUCUGGUUGGGGAACUCUCCCCCAUUCCCAGAGUCAGACAUGCAUUUCCAGCCUGAAGAGAUCAUGCUGCAAUGCAAUGAAGGGUCUGUUGCCAUGUUUUAUAGCACCCUUUAUUACAUGGGCUUCCUGGCUGCCAUCUGCUUCACAGUGGCUUUCCUAGCCAGGAAGCUGCCUGGGGCCUUCAAUGAAGCCAAGCUGAUCACCUUCAGCAUGCUGGUCUUCUGCAGUGUUUGGGUCUCCUUUGUGCCCACCUACCUGAGCACGAAGGGGAAAUACAUGGUAGCCGUGCAGGUCUUCUCCAUCUUGGCCUCCAGUGCUGGGCUUCUGGGCUGCAUCUUCAUUCCCAAGUGCUACAUUAUUCUACUGAGGCCUGAUCUCAAUACCAAGGAGUAUGUAACAACAAAAACAAAAGUAGUGACCUGA